GCCUUAAAGAAGCACGCGCCCCUCGUCUCUUGUUGUGUGCUGUUAGUUACCUCGUUUCUCUCGUUUUCCGGAGCUCUCUCAACAGGCCGUGUUUGCCGCAGUCACUCACUUUAUUUCUUUUCUCCUUUCCGUCCCAGUGUUCACUUUGUCAUUCGCUUUUGCUCUAGUCGUCCGUUUUAAACAACAACAACAACAACAACAACAACAACAACAACAACAACAGCAGCAGCAGCAGCAGCAGCAGCAGCAGCAGCAGCGGCAGCAUCAACACCGUCAUCAUCACUAUGCGUGGCGUCUCUCUCGCUCUGGGGGCCCUUGCCCUCGGCGUGGUAAAUGCCUGGCAGUACCCAUACUGUGAGAACGACAACUGCUACAGGAACCUCAUAGACGACCGCUUUGCUGCUGAAGCCAAGACCUGGUGCCCCAAGUUUCUCAAAGGGACUACGACUGCUGCGUCGGCUAUCCCGACCAACUUCAACAACUGCGGCGGAAAGGUCUCGGCUGUCAGCUCUGCUUGCUCUUGCGUCACUUACUGGGACACUACCACGACGAAACCACCCGCGUCGACCACAAAGCUGCCGUCAACAACCUCCAAGCCAACGUCCAAGCCGACGUCCAAGCCGACGUCUCAACCAACCUCCAAGCCGACGUCCAAGCCAACGUCCAAGCCGACGUCCCAACCAACCUCCAAGCCAACGUCCAAGCCGACGUCUCAACCAACUUCCAAGCCAACGUCUCAACCAACGUCCCAACCGACGUCCAAGCCAACUUCUAAGCCAACAUCUACGCCGCCAGCCUCAACCUCCAAGCCGCCAGCAUCAACGACGGGCAAGUCCACGACUAGCACCAUCUUCACCACCACCACCAAGACAACCACGUCGUGCCCCGACUCCGUGACCAACUGUCCUCUGGACCAAGCCACCACUAUCAUUACAACCGAGGUCGUCGUCAUUGGUACCACCGUCUGCCCAGAGUCCGAGACGCCGUCCGAGACACCGACCGUCCCUAAGUCUACGUCCGAGUGUUUAGAUUCGGCGACAGAGACGCCCACCGGGCCCGGGUCCGGAUCCGGCUCAGGGUCGGGGCCGGGGUCGGGGUCGCCGACAAAAUCCGAGUCCGGGCCUGGGUCCCCAGCCGAAUCGGAACCUGGGUCCCCGGCCGAAACACAGUCUGGACCCGAGUCAGGACCCGAGCCAUCGACCCCGAUCACGCCACCGGCCUCGACGACGUCGUUAGGGACAACCACGCGCUCUCCUCCCCCAACCAGCACCACUUCCAGGACAUUUGUCACGGCGGGAGCUGGCCGCGUGGCGCACGGUGUCGAGAUUGCUGCUGCCGCUGGUUUCCUUGCCGUUAUGUUCUUGUAAAGAACUCGCUCAUCAAUGAGGGGGCCAGCUUUGAAGCUGCAUCUUGAAAGAAUUGAACAAGUUAGGGAUGAGGAACCUUCCUGCUAGCAAG